AUGGCUUCAACAGCUUCGCCAACCACGCAGACAGCACCCGCGUCAAUACCGCCCUCUGUCUUCACGCUCCCACACACAGCACAGCUCGAGGCUUUAUAUACUAUCAUCCGUGAUAAGAAUACAACUCGGGGUGACUUUCUUUUCUACUCGGAUCGAAUAAUACGAUUGCUUGUCGAAGAAGGACUCAACCAUCUUCCUGUUAUUUCCAAGACUGUUGAAACGCCUACGGGUGCAACAUAUGAUGGUGUCGGUUUUGAAGGCAAGAUAUGCGGCGUUUCGAUAUUGCGAGCAGGCGAGGCCAUGGAAGCCGGUUUACGAGAGGUCUGCCGCAGUGUACGAAUAGGCAAAAUCCUUAUCCAACGGGAUGAAGAAACAGCACAAGCAAAGCUUUUUUACGCCAAACUUCCCCAAGAUAUCGCAAACCGAUAUGUCCUCCUGCUUGAUCCAAUGCUCGCGACCGGAGGUUCUGCCAUAAAGGCUGUUGAGGUUUUGCUCAGUCACGGCGUCCCAGAAAACCGAAUAAUCUUCGUCAAUCUCAUAUCUGCUCCGGAAGGUCUCAAGAAUUUCUGCUCGAGAUUUCCCCAACUACGUGUCAUAACCGGCUGGAUUGACAAGGGUCUUGAUGAUAAAGCUUACAUUAUCCCUGGCCUAGGUGAUUUCGGCGAGAGAAGGUAA